CACUGCUCGUAUGCCUUCGUGUCAUGGCACCAUCAAACCUCACAGCUGGUGAUAAUCAAGAUCUAUGGAAAGUAAGUCAUCGGGCAAGGGUUGCCGGUCGCUAACCUUGCCACUCUGAAUCUUCAAGGGCUGCACUGCCUAACCUUACUCGAGGGUGCGUUAAUACAAUUCUAAUUUGUCGUCGACAUCAAGGCGGUACGACGUUCUCACUGGCACGGCACGAUCAAACCAUCCUGGCAAGCGAUUGGGGAUCACUGUAGUCAAGGCGAGGAGGUAUAAGGGGCAGACGACUCGUGGUUGAUCAGUCGACGCCCUCUGUCACCACAAGAACCAUGGCGCGGACUACGAGCUUGUUUCCAGCUGGUGUGAUAAUUGUUGCCGGUCAGGCACUUGGAUCGUCCGCGACAGCUCGCAACGCGGGGGUAGCAUGGUUCUCGUGCGGCGACUUCGACCCUCAAUACAGCGCUGGGGAUGCCCAGAACAUCACAUGCGGAUAUUACGAAGUGCCCCUCGACUACGCUGACGAGACCGUGGGCACUGCGAAGCUUGCCGUGGUCAAGUAUCCCGCCACGGGGGAGCGCGUCGGCACCCUGUUCGUCAACCCUGGCGGCCCAGGUAACUCAGGCGUGGCGUUUGUCGUCGAGUACGGCGCGAACCUCAGUGCCAUAACGGGCGGCAACUACGACCUCGUCUCCUGGGACCCUCGCGGGUCCGAUGGCUUCACCGAUCCAGGACCUCCUACGUGCUUCAACAGCGCUGCUGAGUACUACGAGUACUACAAUGGUACCCUCCAGGUAACCGGUAUAGACAUCAAGGGCAACCUCAGCGACGGCGACCAGGUAGCCGAGCUUUACUCGCAUGUAGGCGAGAUGGAGGCGAAGCUCAAGGGCGAAGGACAGCGGUGCGCAGCGGGCAAGAAUGGGGAUACGCUGCAUUAUAUCGGGACGGCGGCUACGGCACGCGAUCUCGUGUCUCUUGCGGACUACUUGGAACCUGGUGUGCAAGGGAUCAACUACUGGGGUGUCUCGUACGGGACGAUGCUUGGGAUUACCUUCGUGAACAUGUUUCCUGAGCGCGUUGGGCGUGUCGUCCUCGAUGGCUGCAUGGAUCCUAUCCUCUACAUGACCGAACCCAGUACUCAAUACUUCCUCAAUAGCCUCGAAUCCAGUGACGAGACCUUCGCUGGGUUUACCGCCGCUUGCGCUAUGGCCGGAAAGGCAGGCUGUCCGCUCGUUAAGAACGACAAUGACACGGCCGCGGAUAUCGAGCAACAUUUCCAAGACAUGCUUGAUCUCGCUCACAACCUCACAAUCGGAGGCGCCGACAUGAGCCAGGUGCCCACGUCUGCCGAGGCGCGCGUCAACCUCUACAACACGUUGCAAUUGACGCAAACUUGGUCCUCCGCCGCCGGCCUCCUCCACGACUGGGGUCUCGCGCUUGAGGCGCUCGCUGCCAACGAGAGCGUACCAGCAGAGAUCGCGGCGGAGCUCUCGUCGAUGAAGACCAACUUCAGUGUGGUACCGUCGCAUGCGAACGAGGCGAUACUCUGCAGCGACGUCGUCGACGCGGGCAACAUGACGAUGCGGGAUGGGUUCGAUGCAAUCGUGUCAGCGUCGGAGAACGUGUCACCUUUGUUCGGGCCGCAGUGGGGUAAUUCUGGGAAUGCGUGCUUCGCCUGGCCGGUGCGCGCUGUCGAGCGCUACACGGGCCCGUGGGACAACAAGCCUAAGAAUCCGGUUCUUAUCAUAGGGAAUACGGCCGAUCCGAUCACGCCAUUCAAGAACGCACAGCUCAUGGCCGACUUACUUGGAGACAGUGCCGUUCUUGUGAGACAGGACGGGCUUGGUCAUACGUCGUUGGCGGAGCAGUCGAGCUGUACAAUCGGCAUCAUCAACAAAUACUUCACUGAAGGCUCGUUACCUGAGAACGAUGCCACAGUGUGCGAGAUAGACGAUAGCGUCGUCCUAUUCCCCAACCCGAACGUGACGCAAGCCAGCGUGAGGCGGAGUAUCCUGGACGCUACCUACAAGGCUGGCUAGAGGGACGUGUAGAGUACUAGAUGAACUCUGUCUCUUCGUGGACCUUGGGCUGAACGUCGGACAUUACUGAUCUCAUCACGGUGACGGGCAUAUCAAUAGGAUUCUUCAUCAUGGUGUUGAAGGCGAUGGGUCCUAGUUUACACUCGUGAUGAUCAGUGGACCUCGACCAUCGAAGGCACGGGAUCGCUUGCUUCGUGCGCUCAUGUCGAAAUUCAACCUCACUGAUUAC